UUACGGCGACAAAAAGAUGAAGCAAAAGAGGAAAGGAGAUCUCAGCACUGCUGAGCUGAUGAUGCUGACCAUAGGAGAUGUCAUCAAGCAGAUGAUUGAAGCUCACGAACAGGGCAAAGACCUCGAUCUAAAUAAGGUGAAAACCAGGACAGCUGCCAAGUAUGGCCUUUCGUCCCAGCCCCGCCUGGUGGACAUCAUUGCUGCGGUCCCCUCUCACUAUCGGAAGGUCUUGGUUCCCAAGUUAAAGGCAAAACCCAUCAGGACUGCCAGUGGGAUUGCUGUUGUGGCUGUGAUGUGCAAACCCCACAGAUGUCCACACAUCAGUUUUACAGGGAAUAUAUGCGUAUACUGCCCAGGAGGACCCGACUCAGAUUUUGAGUACUCAACCCAGUCUUACACGGGCUAUGAGCCAACUUCCAUGCGAGCGAUCCGUGCUAGAUACGAUCCGUAUCUGCAGACGAGACACCGCAUAGAGCAGCUAAAGCAGCUUGGCCACAGCGUGGAUAAGGUGGAGUUCAUCGUCAUGGGUGGGACGUUCAUGGCCCUUCCCGAAGAAUACAGGGAUUAUUUCAUCCGAAAUUUACAUGAUGCUCUAUCAGGCCACACUUCAAACAAUAUUUACGAGGCCAUCAAGUAUUCUGAGAGAAGCCUCACAAAGUGUGUUGGAAUUACGAUUGAGACCAGACCCGAUUAUUGCAUGAAGCGGCACCUAAGUGACAUGUUGACAUACGGCUGCACCAGGCUGGAGAUCGGAGUACAGAGUGUCUAUGAAGAUGUGGCCAGAGACACCAACAGGGGCCACACCGUGAAGGCAGCAUGUGAAUCAUUCCACCUGGCCAAAGAUUCUGGCUUCAAAGUCGUGGCUCAUAUGAUGCCUGACCUGCCCAACGUGGGACUAGAAAGAGACAUCGAGCAGUUUAUAGAAUUUUUUGAGAACCCUGCCUUUCGUCCUGAUGGUUUGAAGCUCUAUCCUACCCUGGUGAUCCGUGGCACUGGGCUGUAUGAGCUGUGGAAAUCAGGAAGGUACAGGAGCUAUCCUCCCAGUGACCUGGUGGAGUUGGUGGCUCGGAUCCUAGCCCUCGUGCCCCCAUGGACUCGGGUGUACCGGGUGCAGAGAGACAUCCCGAUGCCCCUAGUCAGCUCAGGAGUAGAGCACGGCAACCUGCGAGAGCUGGCGUUUGCAAGAAUGAAAGAUCUUGGAAUACAGUGCCGAGAUGUGAGAACCAGGGAGGUUGGAAUUCAAGAAAUUCAUCAUAGAGUGCGGCCAUACCAGGUUGAGUUGGUACGGAGAGAUUAUGUUGCCAGUGGUGGCUGGGAAACCUUCCUGUCCUAUGAGGAUCCAGAUCAGGACAUUCUGAUUGGUCUCCUGAGACUACGGAAAUGCUCCGAGGAAACCUUCCGCUUUGAAUUGGGUGGAGGCGUUUCCAUAGUCCGAGAGCUCCAUGUGUAUGGGAGUGUGGUUCCUGUGAGCAGCCGCGAUCCCACUAAAUUUCAGCACCAGGGGUUCGGCAUGCUGCUGAUGGAAGAAGCAGAAAGAAUAGCUCUAGAAGAGCACGGAUCUGGGAAGAUGGCCGUUAUAUCAGGGGUCGGCACAAGGAAUUACUACCGAAAGAUGGGCUACCGAUUGCAAGGCCCGUACAUGGUAAAGAUGCUAAGAUAAUGGCCACACCAAUGUCCCUUCAUGCAGCGU